UAUAGUCCGUGCACUCUGUGCUCGCUCGGCUGCAGUAAUCAGUUACAGUUUGGCUGGGUGAACCGACUGGUGGCGUCUUUCUGCAUCUGGUUGUUUGAUGUGCUCAAGAGAGUUGAGCGGAACUUAAAAAUAAGGAACCGUUCUCAGAUAGAGAAAACAAUGGUUUUUAGUUCUUCUAUAUUUAAAAUGUUUACAGAGAGGGGUGGCGCAAUGAAUAAUGCAGACUAGUGUUACAUGAAAGAGUAGCAACCUUAAUCCGUUAGCCAAAGCAUUUCCCUUGAUUCACAUAUGGACAACUGAAGUUUCUCUAUCUAGUGUCUUCCGAUCCGAAGGGAACAUUUGCUACACUUGAGAUGGAGAGCUCCAACUCUAAUGCUGAAAACUCGACCUUCAGUGGAACUCUUAAUGCUAGUGCUAAUUCAACUCCUACUAAUAUGCCAAGAAAUGUCACUAUCCAGUCCCAUAUCGAGGAAGUGCAGGCUGAACUCGGACAGAGUGAUCGUGCAUCAGCUGAAUUCGUGUCUAACCAGGAGGAUGUAAACGAUUCUUCUCAUGCUGAAUUUUGCUUAGUAUGUCAACGAAUGAUUUCUGGGAGCGCGACGUUGAAUUCCUUGCUUGAACAUACUCAUGACAUCCUUUCUGCUAAUGCUGGUGGUGGAGAGAGAACGGCAGAUGUGAUCGAUUCAUCUACACAAACCAUGAUUCAAGAAAGUGAAGGUGAACUGGAAGAAGAAGGUGAAAAUGAUGGGCAGAAUCCUACUAUUGACAAUGAGCUCUUAAUGGAAUUGGAACUCUACGAGCAUAUGAGAAAUGUUAUUGCUGCAUUGAGGCACACAACUUUUCCUUUGUACAUUAAGCUGCAUAAGUACGACUCGUCAACAUGUCUUGAGUGCAAGGAACAGUGCUGCAUAUGCUUGGAUGAGUAUUGGGACGGGGAAGAACUUGCAAAAAUUGAUUGUGACCAUGUAUACCAUAUUAAUUGCAUCAAAGAGUGGAUCAAGUCCGAGAACUCUUGCCCCAUUUGCAGGAGGCUCGCUAUGGUACGUUGAGAAUCCGUGCAUUCCAUGUUCACUCGGCUGCAACUAAUCAGUUUAGUUUGGACCGAGUGAACUGACUUGUGGCAUCAUUCCGCAUCUUCUUGUUUGAUAAAGCUCAAGAGAUUUGAGCUAAACUUAAAAAUAAGGAACCGUUCUCAGAUAGAGAAAACAAUGGUCUUUGGUCUUUUAGUUUUUACCUGUUUUUCAGUGAUAAUAAGUUUAGCGAGACCUCGAAGCUAAGCAUAAUUUGAUACUCAUGUUGGUUUGAGUGGCUUAUAUCCAACAAAUUUGAUUCUUAUGGAUAUUUUCUGCAGGUUUUGAAUA